AGUGACUGAUAGGGUGUGCUUCUCUGUGGGUGAGAGAGGAGGAGGGGAAUAGUCAGCCACAGAGAGAAGAAGAGAGACAGAGAGAGAGGGGGAAAAAAAGCAAACUCUUCCAGGCUUUCAGAUCUUGACUGUGGUGGAGACACCCAGGAGCAGUGCAUUCCUGAGGCAGCCAGCCAGACGGAGCGAGAAAAAAGAAGCCACAUCCUUAAUAUCGCUUGGGCACCACGUCCGACUGACUCUGACUGUCGUUGUCGUCCACAUCGUCCACACACACACAUACGUACAUCCUUACAUAUGCUCACACACCAGAAGGAUUCUGCUGCCAGUUUUAUAGUAAUUUUGCUCAGCAAGGCAGAGAAAGAGUGUGAUCUAAGGAGGCUAAAGACAGAGAAAAAAUAUUCUUCUUGAUUUGAGGACAUGCAUUGCUGAGCUGAGCCCAACUGAACUAUAGAGAUCACUUUGGAAGACCAUCUUACCAAUCGGCUUACUUCGUUCGGCCUCGGAUGGAACUCAAAGUGUGGGUGGACGGAGUGGUGCGGGUGGUAUGCGGACUAUCAGAAGAGACAUCUUGCCAGGAUGUGGUCAUCGCUCUGGCCCAGGCAAUAGGUCAGACAGGCCGCUAUGUUCUAAUCCAACGUCUGCGGGAUACAGAGAGACAGUUGCUGGCCACAGAAAGACCUCUUGAGUCUCUGGCCAAGUUAGGCCAACACGGCAAUGAGGUUCAGUUCUUCCUGCGUCGCACUGGUCCAAGCAGCAGUGACGGUCCUGGCUCAAAACAAGAUAAACUAACCCCCCUGCCCAAGUAUACCGAGCCAGACCUUUUAAAACGCAGCCAACCCAAAAAGUCACUCACAUUCAACCUGGGCCCAUCAACAUCUCCCAGAGCUAAGCAAUUCCAGAGGUCUCCUCAGGAUUCCCCAGACCAGAGAGCUUCACCUUCGUCUUCUCCUGUCCCUGCAUCUCUUCAUGCUCCAUAUCCCUCGCCGCCAAUCGGCCCAUCCAAAGAGGAGGUCUUUAAGGCUGUUCUUCAGCAACAAGAGAGACUACGGGCCAUUGAAGCACAGCUGGAAACCCUAGAAAGGGAGUCUGAUACAUGGGAGCGCCACUAUCCAUCUCUGUCGCCUUCACCCAUCACCGAUGCUCACUUCCAAGAGGAGUUGGACACUCUGGAGCAAACAAUGCGGAUGAACCAGGCUGAGCUCGCCCACGAGCAAUAUUGGGAGGAGGAGUUUCAAGCGGAGACGGCGCGAGAGCAAGGAAUGAGGAGAAAGUUGGGCGACCUCCAUGUUCAGCUAGAUGACUGCGGAAGGCGGCUGCAUGAGUUCUCGGUGCGCUCCGCUCAGCUAGAGCAAGAGAUUCAACGAGAAAGUCAGAUGGAAGCCAAAAGCAAAGGUCCAGAGGAGUCCCUUGAUGCAGUGAAAGCAGAGCUCCAGAGCCAGGAGAAGCAUGGAACCGAGUUGGAGGAGCACCUCUCUGAGACUGAUAAAGCUCUGGGGAAGACAGAGUCUCUGCUGCAGGCCAAACAGGACGAGCUGGAGGAGUUGAAUAAGGAGCUGCGGCAGUGCAACCUGCAGCAAUUUAUCCAACAAGCCGGCGUCCUGCCUGCACACAGCCACUCACGUACAGACCUCCAAGAGCAACUUGAGCAGUUAGAACUCGCACAUCUUCUGCAGGAUGGAUACACAAACGGCACUGAAUCGCCGCCUCGUCCUACUGCCAAGCAGUUUCUGGGACACCCACGUAACCUACAGAACCCCCUCGUGUCCAGCCUCAACCCUGAGGUCCUGACCUCCCAAGAGUCGUCGUGGCGAUAAAACAUGGACCACAGAGCCAAGAGAAACUUGUUCACCUUUUUAUGUCACCAUCACCUCCAAUUUAACCUUUUUCUUUGCAAUUCUCAUUCCAUGAUAGAAGUAAAUACUGUAAAUACUUACGACAAAUUUAUUUACAGAGUUUUGCAACUGUAAGCGCUACAAAUUAUCUGACAAAUGUAAAACCUUUUACUUAGAGUCAUUAUUACAAUGUAUUUAAAUGUAAUAAAAAUGUCUGAAUGUU